AUGAUUUCCGAAGCUCGUUGGGCAGAAGGACGGUUUCGCGAACGGGAAGUUCGAAUUCGUGAGCGAGAUGUUGGAUUCUUUGAGCGUCGUCCAAGAAGUUUUGGUCGUUCAUUCUACGGAUACGGAGGACUCGCUGGAGUCGGCGUCUCAGGAUUGGGACUUGGAGCUACAUAUGCGCUUGGAGCCACAUAUGCACUUGCAGCUACUCCUGUUCUCACUACUGCUAUCGCUACAAUUCCUGUUGCAGUUACCAAUACAGUCUUACUUGGUUAA